CUUCCAGAAGAAUUCGCCGCUCGGCCCAUACCCAAGUAUGCUGAAGAGCUGAGCGGCGAAGCCUUAGUGGACUACGUCAACAAACAACAACCAUUUUUCGAGGCAGAGUAUUCACCGGAAGUGGCCGAAAGGCGUUUGGGAAGUUUGAUGAAAAUGGAUUUCCUACAAUCACCAGCUGGAAUGGAUAAUGUGACGAUGGUAGGAGAGCCGUUUACAAAUGAAGAGCUUCCUGAAAGGUGA